CCUGGGCUCCACGUCCAGCCUGGGACCUGGUAUCUCUGGGCCUCGAGGGCAGGCCCCGGAUACUCUGAGCUACUUGGACUCCGUGAGCCUCAUGUCUGGAACCUUGGAGUCCUUGGCGGAUGAUGUGAGCUCCAUGGGCUCAGACUCCGAGAUAAAUGGGCUGGCCCUGCGCAAGACGGACAAGUAUGGCUUCCUUGGGGGCAGCCAGUACUCGGGCAGCCUAGAGAGCUCCAUUCCCGUGGAUGUGGCUCGGCAGCGGGAGCUCAAGUGGCUGGAGAUGUUCAGUAACUGGGAUAAGUGGCUGUCACGGCGUUUCCAGAAGGUGAAGCUGCGCUGCCGGAAGGGGAUUCCCUCCUCCCUCAGAGCCAAGGCCUGGCAGUACCUGUCUAAUAGCAAGGAACUCCUGGAGCAGAACCCGGGCAAGUUUGAGGAGCUGGAACGGGCUCCUGGGGACCCCAAGUGGCUGGAUGUGAUUGAGAAGGACCUGCACCGCCAGUUCCCUUUCCACGAGAUGUUUGCUGCUCGAGGGGGGCAUGGGCAGCAGGACCUGUACCGAAUCCUGAAGGCCUAUACCAUCUACCGGCCUGAUGAAGGCUACUGCCAGGCCCAGGCCCCGGUGGCUGCGGUGCUGCUCAUGCACAUGCCUGCUGAGAUCUGCGACAAGUACCUCCCAGGUUACUACAGUGCAGGGUUGGAGGCCAUUCAGCUGGAUGGAGAAAUCUUUUUUGCGCUUUUGCGCCGGGCCUCCCCACUGGCACAUCGGCACCUGCGGCGGCAGCGCAUCGACCCCGUGCUCUACAUGACAGAAUGGUUCAUGUGCAUCUUUGCCCGCACCCUUCCCUGGGCUUCAGUGCUGCGCGUCUGGGACAUGUUUUUCUGUGAAGGCGUUAAGAUCAUCUUCCGUGUGGCCCUAGUGCUGCUGCGACACACGCUGGGCUCAGUGGAGAAGGUGCGCUCCUGCCAAGGCAUGUAUGAAACCAUGGAGCAGCUGCGCAACUUACCCCAACAGUGCAUGCAGGAGGACUUCCUGGUGCAUGAGGUGACCAAUCUCCCUGUGACAGAAGCACUGAUUGAGCGGGAGAAUGCAGCCCAGCUCAAAAAGUGGCGUGAAACCCGGGGGGAGCUGCAGUAUCGGCCCUCACGACGACUGCAUGGCUCGCGGGCCAUCCACGAGGAGCGCCGGCGGCAGCAGCCCCCCUUGGGCCCCUCGUCCAGCCUCCUCAGCCUUUCUGGCCUCAAGAGCAGAGGCUCCCGGGCAGCUGGAGGGGCCCCCUCCCCGCCCCCUCCUGCCCGCAGAGCCAGUGCUGGGCCUGCCCCAGGGCCUGUGGUUACUGCUGAGGGACUGCAUCCAUCUCUUCCCUCACCGACUGGUAGCAGCACCACCUUGGCUCCCAGCAAGGAGACCCGGAGGCAGGAGAAGGAGCGACAGAAACAGGAAAAGGAACGGGAGAAGGAGCGGCAGAAACAGGAGAAAGAGCGGGAGAAGCAGGAGAAGGAGCGGCAGAAGUGGGAAAAAGAGCAGGAGAGAGAACAGCAGAAACAGGAGAAGGAGCGGCAGAAGCAGGAGAAGGAGCAGCAGAAGCAGAAGGAGCAGCAGAAGCAGGAGAAGGAGCGGCAGAAGCAGGAGAAGAAGGGCCAAGGCCGGAAGCUCUCGUUGCGUCGAAAGGCGGAUGGACCCCCAGCACCCCAGGAUGGCGGGGACAGGCCCUCAGCAGCUGAGGCCCGGCAGGACGCUUACUUCUGACCUCUGCCCUGGGGCUGGACCGCAUUGCCCCCCUUUUUCCCUCAACCAAGAGCAGACCUGGCUUAGGGUGCUGCCCCCAGUCCCCUAGCAGAUGGUCCCUCUUUCUGAGGAAAGUGGCUUGAUUCCCCGUCUCCUCGCCAGCUGCUGCUCCCUUCAUAGCCAGGACAGCCAUAGUGUAUGGGGCAGCUGUAUUCCCCGGGGCAGCCAUGAACACAUUUGGGCCCUCUCACCUCCAGUCAGGCCCAGCUGGGGUCUCUGUCACUCCUGCCCCAAUUCCCUCUGGGAUCUCCUCCCAGGUGCUGUCCCGAUUGGCCUCUUGUCACCACAGGGUGGCUCUUGGCAAUGGGAAUCGCAGUUUUCAGAUUCUUACACUCCCUUUCCUUCCCCAUGAGGUGGAGGUGAGUUCCUUUUCCCUUCCUCAGCCCUGCCUGUGUCCCUCAUUUCCAGGCUGGGGGCCACAGCUCUCCUUGCUCUACUUCUGGACAUCUCUGUGUAGUAAUUAUGUACAAGGACUGGGUUGGCCCCGGGGUGGGGUGCUUGCUCUGUCUUCUGUCCUUUGGUUCUCCUUCCGUAAUGCUCCUGCACUUGGGUUUAUUUAAGGGGACAUGCACUGGAAUGGGAACUGUCCCCCACUUCCUCUCCCACCACCCUGCUGCUCUCCCUCUACCUUCCCCCCUUGCUCUUUCUUCUCAGGCCUCCCCUGCCUUGUCUCACCAGGACCCCACUUUUCACCUUGUUUGCUUCCAACCCUCAGCCCCUAUCUGAGUAAGGGUUUUCUUUUGAGCUCCAGGGGGUGGAACCCAAUGUUUACAUUCUCUUCUGUCUCUGUCCCCACCCCAUGUGGCGCUUUGAGGAACCGGAAAAGAACCUGCUGUUGUACCUGU